AUGCCGAAUCUACGAAGAAUACGAUUCAAUUCAUAUGGACCUCAAAACUAUGAAGGAGUAAUGCAUCGAAUUAUUCACAGACCGUGGAAUGGAAAGCGAAGACCAAAAGUGUUCAAAUACAAAAUAGACGAAUUGGAUUGUACACUUGGAUGGGAUAUUGAGAGCGACGAUGGACAAAUUGCAACCGUCAAUUUUAUCGAAGAAUGCCUUGAUUUUGUUGUAUGGAAAAACGAUAACUAUUAA